UGCGCAGUGGAUAUGGAUGUGGACGCCUCGUGCGCUCUGAUCUUUGGAGCGAAGAGGCUGCACUCCGCGGCGCGCAAGGUGGCCAAAUGAAUCACCGCCCUCCCGGCUCCUCCAGCGUGCAAUGGCUUAACAGGAGAGACAUGAGUGUCCGAACGGAGGACAACAUCAGCUUGUGCCAAAGGGCCCUUCAGAUCGUUACGGAACUCUGUCUAGCGGGGCAUGUAGAUGGGGAGAAAUGCUCGGCUAUAUUUCCCUUGGAGAGCAACAUACCAGGUAAAGGGAGCGCAGACAUCUCUAUCAGUCUCCUUGCUGUGGUCGUGGGUUUCUGUGGACUCGCCCUGUUGGUAGUCUCUCUCUUUGUCUUUUGGAAGCUGUGCUGGCCCAUCUGGAGGAGCAAGGCCCUCUCGUCCCACGUCGACAAUGUCCCCCGGGUCGGGCUCCCCGAGGCCCCUCCGCCGCCCCCCCAGCCCGUCACACCCCUCCAAAAGGUGGCACCAAUGGAAGAGGAGAAGAAGCCUGUGCCAGUGGUGAAGGUGAACGGGCGUUGCAGCUCCGUGAAGCUGCUAGAGGCAGCCAUGAAGAUCAGCCAGACAUCCCCGGACAUCCCUGCUGAGGUGCAGACGGCUCUCAGGGAGAGGCUGGGCCAGCAGGCCAAGAUUCAGAGGCAGACCACCGACCCCACCUCGUCCUCCAGGCACAAUUCAUUCCGCCGCCAUCUGCCUCGCCAGAUGAACGUGACGAGUGUGGACUUCAGCAUGGACACGCUCCCCAUCCGCCAGUCAUCCACCGUAAGCAUCGGCCGCAUCAAGCCCGAGCUCUACAAGCAGAAGUCUGUGGACUCCGAGGACGGGACCCAGGAGCCGGUGGAGACGUGCGGUAAGCUGAGCUUCUCCCUGCUCUACGACUACGAGGAACAGGCGCUGGUGGUCACGAUCCUCAAGGCCCUGGAACUGCCGGCCAAGGACUUCACUGGCACCUCCGACCCUUACGUCAAGAUCUACCUGCUGCCAGAGAGGCAGAAGAAGUUCCAGACGCGUGUCCACCGCAAGACGCUCAACCCCACGUUCGACGAGGCCUUCUGCUUCCCCGUGGAGUACGACCAGCUGUGCAACCGCAAACUGCACUUCAGUGUCUACGACUUUGACCGCUUCACCAGCCACGACAUGAUCGGCGAGGUGGUGGUGGACAACCUCUUUGAGCUCUCCGACCUCUCGAGGGAGGCAGUGGUGUGGAAGGACAUUCACGCUGCGACCACGGAGAGUGUGGAUCUGGGGGAGAUCAUGUACUCUCUAUGCUACCUGCCCACAGCAGGACGGAUGACCCUGACCGUCAUCAAGUGCCGGAACCUCAAAGCCAUGGACAUCACUGGCUCCUCAGAUCCCUAUGUAAAGGUUUCCCUGCUCUGUGACGGACGGAGGCUGAAGAAGCGGAAAACUACCACCAAGAAAAGCACACUGAACCCGGUGUACAACGAGGCCAUCAUCUUUGACAUCCCCCCAGAGAACGUGGAACAGGUCAGCCUGUCCAUCAUGGUGAUGGACUAUGACCGGGUGGGUCACAACGAGGUGAUAGGUGUGUGUCGGACUGGGCCAGAUGCUGAGGGCCUGGGGAGGUACCACUGGAAUGAGAUGUUGGCCUACCCACGCAAGCCCAUUACGCACUGGCAUGCCCUGGGAGAGUGGCCAGGAAGAGCGACAAGCUUUGAGAGCCAGGGGUCUUGUCCUUCCCCCAAACCUCCACAAACUCCAUAGGAAACACAAAUGGAACCAUAUGACCUGGUAGCAGAUUAACUAGAUGUGUACAGCUGUAGUAACCACAAUUCUGUCAGUUAAAGACAGAAAUGUCCAGUGCCAAGGUUCGAUUAGCAUUAUAGGUUGUGUCUAACCGUAUAGGCCUAUUGCAUUAAUAAUCAUCAAUCAGGACUUUACAUUACAGAGUUAUGACACAAACAACAUUGGCACUGAAUGCAUGUCUUGCAGGAAGGGUUAGCCUACUUUUAAGUUAAAGGCCCAGUGCAGCCAAAAUUGGAUUUUUCUGAUUGUAUCAUUGUAUAACAGCUGAUGAAACUAACACUGUAAAAGUGUGAUCACAAUUCCUGAGAGUUGUUUGUUGGUAAUACAAUACAUUUGGUAAAUAGAACCAAUGACAAAGAGAGUUCCAAACCUUUCUGCCAAUUACAGCUAGUUUUCAGUUUCCCCCUCCCCACUUAGACCACUCCCAGACAGUCCUUGUAAAAUUAUUGCUUGAGAAAUAGUAUUUAUCUAAAAAGCCAUUUUUAUCAUUUUUAAUGGAAAUCUAUUACAGUAAGGUACUUAUUUGUUACCCAGAAAUGAUUUGAUAUUGAUAUAAAAAUGACUGCAUUGGGCCUGAUUUUGAAAUGUAGUUAUGGACCACACAUGAGAAUGCCUUGUUCGUGGAAUCACGACAUUUUACAUUUAAUGUGAAUUUAAAAAUUUACAAAGUUUGUGUCUUGAAUAGUGUUAUCCAUGAUGAAUUCUCUAAUUUAAUCAUUGCUUCAGUAACCUUUAUCACAUACCAUUUACAGUAUUAUAUUGCUUGACUGGAGUGGAAAAUUAAUCUUGGUUCGUACUAUGGCAUUAAUCAACCAAUGUUGUACUCCUCAGAGUAAACAGUUUGAAUUAUCAGAAUUCGGUUUUCAGUCUUGUGCAAGCUAUUCAGUAUAGAGCUGUGAAAACAAUUGAUUUUACUUCUCAAGAGUUUUAUUUCCAUUGUACAUCGUGAGAGGCACUUGGGUCCGAAAGGCAUCAUAUCAGAUAAUAGCUUUGCAAAAUGGAGAUUUCAUCCUCUCAUUCCAAUGGUAUUGUAUUUGUUUCCUGAAUAGCAAUUUAUUACCACAAUACUACCAGUGGGCGUUAAGAGAACUAAACGUUGAACUAAACUUUGUAACAUACGUCAACACUUUCUGGUUGAUACAUUUGCCCAAGGCAUUCUGCUCCUCUCACAGUUAUUUAGUGAGUUGCCAUUUUCAUUUGGGAUGAUGUGAUACUAAAGGGCUAGGCUUGGUUCUAAGACCACAUGUCAACAUAGACAUACAGUCGACAAGCCAGUCAACUGUGCCCUGGGCGUAGCCACAGGGAACACAGAUAACCUAUCAACUCAAAGGGCUGGGUGAAUGUCCAAUCCCAGAGCAUACAGCAGUUUGCCAGUGGCACAUCACUAAUGAAUGCCAAUUGAUCCCAUUCAUUGAAAGAACAUGGUGCAUAUCUCACCAUAUCACAAGUGGGUUGCAGAUUCAUUUGUCAUAGGAUCAACAAGAGUGCAAUACGUGGUAAGAGCAGCAGUAUUCUCCCGUGGACAGACUACGUAACAUAAAUGGUACCAUAAAUCUGUUAGGGGCAAUGGGAUGUGUCGACUAACACGCAGAGUAGUUUAGGUACUUGGGUUUUUCAUCACUGUUUUUUUGGGAUGUAUCAGGAUUGGGAACAGAUGGAGAGUUUCCGUUUGCGAGGGUGUAGACUUCUCAAGUCGCGUUAGAAAUUGUACUAACACGUCUCCCCCAAGAACUUAAUCUGGAUUAACUGAGAUUAGAGCAACAGUAGCCACACAAUGUAGCAUAGUGUUUUCAACUCUUUUGUGGGAGAUGAAAGUGAGACAAGCAUUGAAGCAACAAAAUGUUGAAAAUUACAGUGCCUUCAGAAUGUAUUCACACCCCUUGAUUUGUUGUGUUACAAAGUAGAAUUAAGAUGUAUUUCAUUGUCAUUUUUUGUCAAAGAUCUUAACGAAAUACUCAUGUCAAAGUAGAAGAAAAAUGAUAAGAUUCGUAAAAAAGAGAUGUAAAACACCAUCUUGAUUAGAUAAGUAUUUAACCACCUAAAUCAAUACAUGUUAGAAUCACCUUUGGCAGCAACUUACAUCGGUGAGUCUUUCUGGGUAAGUCUCCAUGAGCCCGAUUCCGAUUUAGGCAUACUUUUCUUUCUUACACACAGCUUUCCUAUGCACAUCUCAGUAGUUAGUAUUCAGACUUACCUUAUGAAGGUGCGUAACCAGCUUUGCAGGCAUGGUUCCCUUGCGCAUGUUGAAUACAUUUAAUUUGACCACUGAAAACCCUCCUACUUGCUGGCCAACGGAGUUUUGCGUGGAGUUUUCAUUCAAGCCUGCAUCUUUGUAUUGAUUGGGUGUAAAUUUGCAAAAAUGCCUUUUCACUUUGUCAUUAAGGGGUAUUGUGUGUAGAUGGGUGAAUGUAUUAUUUUUUAAAUCAAUUUUGAAUUCAGGCUGUAACACAACAAAAUGUGGAAUUAGUCAAAGGGUAUAAAUACUUUCUGAAGGCACUGUAUAAACACAAAGUUUUCUUAUUGAUUGAUACACAUUUUAAUUGCAAAAAUGUUCCCACAGCUGCUACACUGAAGAUUAUAAGCAUGUAAAUCUCACUCAACGUAAUUUGCUUCCGCCAGAACUCAAUACACUCAGAAAAGCAUGACUGACCUCGUCACUUCUUAAGAACAUGUCAGUGUCCAAGGUCAUUUUUCUCUGAAACUUUGCCCAACAUUUUAUCUGUUACUGGAAUUGAUAGAGAUCUUUAUGAUUGCUGAAAUGCAUUCUACUAAUUAAUCCAGAAAAGUAAAACCAUGCAAAUGAGAUCAAACUCAUUUAUGAUGGGUUUGAAGCAAGGUAAUUCAUUUUUUUAAGCUAAUGGCUUUCCUUUUUUCUUUAAAAUAUCAUCUUUGAUGUGUAUUUCACAUGUGCCAAAUAUGAUUUCAAAUAGCAAAAAAAAAAAAGUCUGACAAAUUAAUAUGGAUAUUGAGAAGAGUAAUUUGUUCUAGCUGUGGAGACAAAAAAAAGUGUUACGGGACAAAGGAAACAAACUUCCAUCAAUCACUAUAAGGUUCUAUCUGCAAAAAGAUGAUUGAGAAUUGGUUUUAGUUCUGAACCCUCAUUGUUUUGAAUGGUAUCAGCAAUUUGGAUCUUGAAUUAUUUUGAAUUUAACAUGAAUUGUGGUAUUUCGAGUACUAUAUAGGAAUUGAACAGAACAAGGCUAUGUCAAUAACUACAUUUUGACUAAAAUGCAGAUAGAACAUUAUAGUCCGAAGCUCGCGAUUUGUUUAAUUUGAGUACAUUUUUCUUUACAAGCAGGCCAUUGUAAAUGCAUAUGGCUUAGCCCCAGAUUCCAAUUGUAAUUGUGUCUUCUGCAAUCACUUUAUGUAAAGCCUUAUGAAAUAAAGCCUUAUGAUAUCGAGUUUAGUACUCAAUCUGAAAACAUUACUAUAAUGAAUUUCAGUUGCACAUGUGAGUAAUAAUAUGAAAUAGUGAUGGGCAUAUCAGAGUCUUUUCGGUGAGCCGAAACUCUCGGCUCCAUUCGCCCUGAAAAGAGCUGUUAAUUUGGCUCCUAAAUGGCUCUUCGUUCAGUAGUGCUUAAACAUGUCUGAAAAUUAUUUUUACAAAUCUAAUGUAAAGGCUAGAAAGUUGCAUACUGUUUUCUCAGAUUGUAAAAUGUGAGUAAAAAAAGAAUAAUUCCGAACAAAAUGAAAUUGAGAAUUGAGCGUGGACCAGAGUUAGGCUUUGUCCUCACUACCUAUUUGUUACUGCAGAUAAUUUAGUUUGCAGCUCAUAAAGCAGCAGUAUACAAAUCAGGGAGGCAAAUGAAUGGCUCUUUCACAAAUGCGAUUCAGGUUCCUGACGUUCACCAAAAAGAGCCUUUCAAAAGAGCCGCUAGUUCGCGAAUGACCUAUCACUAAUAUGAACGUAGAAAAUACUAAGGCUGUGAACUGUUCAUUUAUUUUGCACAUUAAAACAAUAAUGCUUCUGUUCCCAGGCUGGCCCCAAUAUAAAAACCAUAAGUAUUUGUACUUGUAGCAUGCGAGUCAAUAUAUUCAAGUAGUAUAAGAAUAUCAAAGAUCAAAGUUUCAUGAAUAUAUUAUAUAAUAUAGUAUUUUAUAUUGCUAAUAUUUUACUUUUACAUUUGUACAUAGACCUCACAAUGCGAAUACUUGUAUAUAUCUAAAGUUUACUUCUUAGAACAUUUGUUGUUGAAAACUUGUUAAAAUGUUACUGUGUAUUUAUAUGGAUCGUUUGGUGAUAAUUUGUACAGCUCAAGCUUGUGUUUUUGGGUGACUUUAUACACAUUCCGUAUCAAUUGUGGAAUGAUUUGUCAUAUUGUAAGCAUAUCUAAGGCAACCCUCUACUUUUUCGGGACACUCCAUGCUUAGGAAUUUAGCGCUUUUUAGCUGAGAUUGUGUGCAUAAUGCUAACAUCAAUAGUAUAUUAAACAAGAACAGCAAUUGUAACUAUUUGUCAUGAAAUGUACAGUUUGUGAUAACUUUUGUAACAAUUUGCAGUAAACAUUUGAAAUAUAAUUUUACUUUAUCUGUUUCAUAUGUAUUUUAAAUAAAUAA